AUGAUUUUUGAAGAUCACGGCGCAGAUGAUAACAAACCAGUCAGUCAGGGCUCCGUUAACGGACCAGGAGACGUUUCGCUCGGAGACACGUCGAUGCCCUCCAUGCUGUACGGAAGCCCUACGGUCAAUUGUGUGGAGCAGAAGAUGCGAAGUGUUGCAGCUGAGGAUGUUGAUUGUACUAGCGCACCAGAAGCCGGUGGAUGUUCCACCGCCGUCGUGCUAACCCAGAAGAAGUUCUGCCUCUCGGACAAGCGUAUGGCUGAACAAACUCGCCUCCAACACGCAGCGGAAGCGCUGCAGCGAAGCAGUGCGUCCUUCGUCAACUCUGGCGGCUUGGCACGGGCGCGCCAACGACGGAACGCUGGAAGUAGAAGAUAUGUAGAGGAAAGAGGUGAAGGACCUACCAAAAGUACGACCUCUCCACCCGAUUUUGAAAAGAACGGCAAGAAGACUGACGCGAUUGAAGAUAACGACGAGGAUCACGAAGGGUGGAUGGGCGAGCAUGAGGAUCCGAACGAGAAGUAUUUCUACCAACUACAGCACCCAAAGCGCAUGCCGUUCCUGUUUUACUCGGAUAGCCCAGUCUAUGCCAGCAGUACUUCGCCACGACCACAUGGAGGUGGAAAAAAAUCUGACACAAAAACGGCUGCAAAAAACGUUGAAGUUGAAGGUGCAGCGUCGUCCUCCCCAAUACCGAAGAAAGUUGCAGAGGAGGAAGCGGUUCCUGUCAAUGACGAGCUACACACGAACUUUUUCAAGCAAACCCUUCGUGCAGGAAACAAAACAGAGUCCGAGCAAGACCGCAGCAAGAACCGCACCAUAUCCCCUGAAGCUGCAGUCGUGA